AAACGUUGCCUUCAAAGUUUUGGUUUGGUUUUUUUUCUCAUUCUUUGCACAAUGGCGAGUCGAUCGAGGGUUUCUCUUGCUUUGCGCAAAACUCGCAUUUCUCCAGCUUCCACAUCCAAAUUAUGCCGUCCUCUGAUCCAAGCACGGUACCAAAGCACAGCUACAACAGAAGAUACCGAGGGAAUCGCAAAAGGCACAACUGGUACUUCGAAAACGAUCAAGUUCACCUCCGAAACAUAUCCCAGUAUCAAACGCAACUCGAAAUUUCCGCAAAUUACAGAGGAACAUGUCAAAUAUUUCAAGCAAUUGCUCGGUGCAGAAUCCGCCGUCAUCGAUGGAGUUACAAAGGACGCAACUGACGAUUUGGAACCCUUCAAUGGCGAUUGGAUGCGCAAAUAUCGGGGACAUACGAAGCUUGUGUUGAAGCCUGGAUCGACGGAGGAAGUCAGCAAAGUUUUAAAGUACUGCAAUGAUAAUAUGCUGGCAGUUGUACCCCAGGGAGGAAACUCUGGGUUGGUCGGUGGAUCGGUGCCAGUGUUCGAUGAAAUUGUUAUAAACAUGAGUCGGAUGAAUCAAAUUCGCUCUUUUGACGAAAUUUCUGGGACGCUUGUGGUGGAUGCUGGUGUUAUUCUCGAGGUUGCGGAUGGGUACUUGGGAGAGAGAGGACAUAUAUUCCCAUUAGAUCUUGGCGCAAAGGGAUCUUGUCAUAUUGGAGGGAAUGUCGCUACCAAUGCUGGAGGACUCCGUCUACUGCGAUAUGGCAGUCUUCACGGAAGUGUUCUUGGGAUCGAAGCCGUGUUGCCGGAUGGAACGAUUGUGGACGAUCUUUCGAAAUUACGGAAGAAUAACACAGGAUAUGAUUUGAAGCAAUUGUUCAUAGGGGCAGAAGGGACAAUUGGUAUCAUAACUGGUAUCUCAGUUCUUUGCCCUCAGAGAUCAAGUGCAAUUAACGUAGCAUUCUUCGGUCUUGAGUCCUACGAAAAGGUCCAAUUGGCAUUCAAAGAAGCCAAAGGUCAAUUAUCCGAGAUUCUCUCCGCAUUUGAACUCAUGGACAGCCAUAGUCAAGAUCUCGUUCAUAAUGUCACCAAAAAUAAGCGUCCAUUGGAAAGGGAACACCCAUUCUACUGUCUAAUUGAGACCAGCGGCUCAAACUCAGAACACGACAAUGAAAAACUCGAGAAAUUCCUAGAAUAUGUCAUGGAGAACGACAUCGUGUCCGAUGGUGUCGUAGCCCAAGACUCAACACAGGUCAGGUCCCUUUGGGGCUGGCGAGAAGGAAUCCCAGAGUGUCUAGGACACUGGGGAGGAGUAUAUAAAUACGACCUCUCCAUCCCCAUCGCAGAACUCUACGAUCUCGUAAACGAAACUCGUGAUAAAAUCACCGCUGCCGGUCUCCUCGGCGACACUCCAGAUGAUCCUGUCGUUGGUGUGGUGGGCUACGGGCACAUGGGAGAUUCCAACCUGCAUCUCAACAUUGCCACUCGACGUUAUGACAAAAGUGUCGAGAAGGUUUUAGAGCCAUUUGUUUAUGAGUGGAUUGCUAAACGAAGUGGUAGUAUCAGUGCGGAGCAUGGGCUGGGACUUGCGAAGAAGAAUUAUAUUGGGUAUAGUCGGUCUCAAACUAUGAUUGGGUUGAUGAAGCAGAUUAAGAAUCUGUAUGAUCCGGUAUGUCUUUUCCCAUCUUCUUUUUUUAUGAUCUUUUUGGGAAUGAGGUGGUGUGUUGAUUUAAUGAGUUGCUUGCUGAUUUGGAUACAGAAUGGUAUAAUGAAUCCUUAUAAGUACAUAUGAUCGUGAUACCAGUACAUGGAAAUAGAAAUCAUUUUCUCUCUUGUCUCUGUUCUCAUUGCACGCCAGCUCACUCGAUCAUGUUUUACUGAACAUAUCUUUUUCAUCGAUGCUAUGAGUGUAUCGUAUUACUUUUGGUGUUUUCAUCAUUGAACCGAUGAAAAUUGCUCUCGGCGAAAUGUCAGUUGUGACAACAUGGCAUCGAGAUCGUUGUAACCAUCACCAUUAUUAAUUCAGGGUUCUUCACAUAAACCUUUCCCCCCAUCUUCUUGAACGAUAUCUCGAAAUCACAUAGAAACUGCGACUCUCGAGGUUAUUUCUAGCAGUCAUACCUUCGUAGUAACGUUAUGAAUAUAGCGUCCUUUCCUUGACCUGGC